AGGCUGCGGGGUGGCGUGUUUGAAGAAGGCAAGAUUCCCAGGUGGGCAGAAGCAUCGAAGCUGCUCUUAUUUGGGUUGCUAAAGGGGGGGGGGUUAUAAAAAACACCAUCCUCCCAAGAGGGCAAUGAUAUUUCUCAAGCUCUUGGACCUUCCAGAUCGCCUUGUUUGGCUUCCGCUCUCUCGACGAGAUGGGUGAGUUAUUCCCAUUAGAGAGCCAAAGGGGAAGGCCGGGCCAGCAAAAUGCCUGAAUAUACCCCACAGCUGUGGAGGGCGGGCCGGUGCCUGGGAGGCACCUUUUGAGGGCCGGCAAGCCGUCGGCACCUGCCCGUGUGGCUGGAAAAUGGUGCAUCCCGCCAGCUAUUGACAAGAGGCCGUUUCCCCUCCCUCUCCUUUCCUUCCUUGGAUCGGCGUUAUUUAUUUAUUUCGCUCCCACACUUCCCGGCUUAGCAUCGGCAUAUCUAUUUAACAAAAAAACACCAGGCAUAAGCGCAGCCUCCGUUUUGCCGGGGAGGAAACGCUCCUGUAUGUAAAUAUAUGAACACUGAGUAGGGGGGUGAAAAAUCUUGCUCAUCAGAAAACGGGAAGCCUGGUGGUGUGAGGAAGAGAAGGGCAGGCGGCGGUGCGAGCGCAGGAGGAGGAGGAGGAGGCACAACAAAGGAGUCCGGGGGCUGGGUCUAGCGAGAGGAAGCUGGCGCUGUCCGUGGUGCUGAACCGCGCCGCUCCUCCAGCCCCCACGCUUCGCGGGCGCCUCUCGCCAGCCGUCUGCCACACACCGCUCCCGGGGAAGGGGGAAGAGACCCCCCACGGCCGACUCUCGAGGAGACCAUUGCAGCCCAGCCGCUCUCCUGUUCGCCCCCGGGCGUUCUCGAGCUUCAGACGUUCUUCCCGUGCGUUGCCUGGAUCGCGGGAGCCGACAACAGAACCCGACCCAACCCAGCGCCGCCGAGGUUCGUUGGCGAGAAGCGAGGAGGCGGACUCCCCGGCCACCAUGUCCGGACAUUGCUGCAGAGCCACGGGAGUCCAGGGGCUCGGGAGAAGCUCGAAUGGAGUCCGGCGUUAGGGAGGGAGGGAUUCGGUUUGCAGCUUCCCUCCGCUCCUUUCCUUUCUUUUGAAAAGCAGCCUCACCUCGGCCCAAGAUUCUUGCAAAAAUAAUCCUAAAGGCACCCCCGGAAUCAAGGUAACUGGCUGCUGGGAAGCGGAAGAUUGCCAGGUGCUUUCGGUGUGGGGGGGACUUUGGUUUCCAGGCAUAUUUACUCCUUGGAUGUGGUUCCUUAAAGGGCUGAUGCCGACAUAAAAAAGCCACUCCUCUCGCAUUCCUGAGUGGGCAAGGCUGGAAGAGCUCAGUGGACCGAUCCAGAUGGCCAGACACAAGGAAGGGAUGCUUAUUUACCACUGACUACUCUUUGUGGCCAAUGACAGACAGCUCUUGCUUGGCUUGGCACCAUAUUGAUUUAAGUGGAAGCUUCAGAAUUGCUGGCCAUUUUGCCUCCCGCUGGUCCAUAGGAGAAGUGAAUGAGUGCUGAGGAUCCUUUCCUUCUGGGGAAGAAGUUUUCCCACCUGGAGUUCAAUGAAUCUCCCUCUGCUUGUAUGUGAUCACUGAAGGAAGUCCCUAUCCGGUGCUAGUUGCCCAGGAGCUGGGCUCAUUGGGUACCAGGCUAAAGGGCUUUGCCUCUCACUUGAAAAUGCCCAUGGUGUUUCUGUGAAGCUAAGGGUAUGGCUGCCGGAAGGUUAUUGCUCUAUGCUGGUCUCUCCUUAGCAUUGUGUGCUUUAGGCAUGCUGGCUGUGGCCAUCUGCUCUGACCAUUGGUAUGAAACUGAUGCCAGGAAGCACAGGGAGCGGUGCAAAAGUUUCACCACCCGGAGGAAUGACCCUGGUUUCAUUUAUAAUUCUAACAAUAACCUGCCCCUCAGGGCCAGCAGGUCUAGACUGGACCGCUGGGAAGGGAAACUUCUCUUGGCAAGAAACAGAAGGCAGCUCUUUGCUAUGAGUGCCGUUGAUGAGUGCAACAGACAGUACAACUCCACAAACAUGGGGCUUUGGAGGAAAUGCCACCGUCUGGGAUUUGACCAGGACCUGGAAGAACUCAUUGCUAAAGGAGCAAUUGACCAGUGUUCUUACAUCAAGUACCACUACUCCUCAGCAACCAUUCCCAAGAACCUCACCUACAAUAUUACCAAGACCAUCCGCCAGGAUGAGUGGCAUGCCCUGCACUUGCGCAGAAUGACAGCUGGUUUCAUGGGCAUGGCUGUAGCCAUCAUCCUCUUUGGAUGGAUUAUUGGGGUGCUGGGGUGCUGCUGGGAUCGAGGCCUUAUGCAGUAUGUGGCAGGACUUCUCUUCCUCAUGGGAGGAACCUUCUGCAUCAUUUCACUGUGCACAUGUGUGGCUGGAAUCAACUUCGAGCUCUCCCGAUACCCCCGAUACCUGUACGGACUCCCUGAUGACAUCAGCCAUGGCUAUGGCUGGUCGAUGUUUUGUGCAUGGGGGGGCCUGGGUCUCACUCUGAUCUCUGGCUUCUUCUGCACCUUGGCCCCUUCCGUCCAACCUGUCCCCAGGACCAACUGCCCCAAAUCGAGACCUGAGAAUGGGACAGUGUGCUAAAAUAGAUACAAACCAAUCUCUAAAUAUACAUAUAUAAAUAUAUAUAUAUACAUAAACAAAUAUUAUAUAUAGAUCUCAAAUGGAUGCCAGUGCCAAGACAGAGUGGAGUCCACUAUGGCGCCCGUAUCUCCUCAGACUUCAUGUCGCUCCCGCUCAUUCUCCUGAAGGUGGGAAUAGCUUUUCUGCAACGUCGCUCUUCCAUCUAGUUCUUUAAAAAAAUCUUCAGUAUCUCGAUUCAAAGGUGAAGUGAACGUAUUGUUGCAUCUGUCUACUGCCAGUUGGGUGGGAUGGGCUAGGGAGGGAAAGGCUGUCUUGGUGUAUGUGAUGCUGAGUCUGUACAGGAAGCUUAAAAAAACUUGUCUGUUACAAAUUGGGGAAAUACAAGCAAUGAGCAAGGGGGAAAAAAAUCAAACCUUUUGAGUUACCUCCCUAAACACAAUCUCCUCGAGGCCAUCUUUAGACUCCCUCUUCUUGCACACUCUGUUCUUGUUUUUUUUUGUUUUGAAAACUUGCCUGUUAUUUUUUUCUCUGCCCCGUCCAGAAGAGGGAACAAAAUAGAUCAUUUGAGAAGUUUUUUUCCCCUCCUUUUCCUCGCUAAACUUUAAAUGACAAGAAAAUCAAGAAUCUGACCGAACAAAUGAAGACCCUUCCAUGGAUACUCUGGUGAUGCUCUGUUUGCCUUCCAGCUGCCUUACAUCCAGGCUUAAAGAGGAGGCUGAACUUCUAGCCAAAACGCAGGAGGAAGCCUCACUAAAAUGCUGUGAUGCCCAUAUGCACAACUCUCCAUUCCCCAAUGUUUUUAAAAAAUGAGAAAACAAAUCCAAUUGUUGCAGAUCAUCUACCGAAACUGUCUUUUCUAUGUUUGAGACCCAGAAACUAAGGCAUCAAGACUGUGGAUGUACAAGCGAGGGGAGGCAUCUGUUUGGAAAUGGUUGGAUGGUGCUGAGUGUAUUUCCACCUUCCAUAGAACAACAGGAAAUCCCACGGGCUGGCAUUCUGGGUAGUGGGGAUGAAGAGGGAGAAAGCCCUUUGGGGGUAGUUGUUCUACACAGAUGGAAUUCUGACAACUUCUGCUGCUGUUGCCACUAUGUCAGUCAAAGACAACAUGGCGGAAGCCCUUGCUGAGGAGAGAUGAGUUUGGAAUGAACUAGCGAAUGAAAGAUACUAAGAGGUGCCUCUUUGUUAUUUAUGCCAGAAUAAGAUGUCUCUCACACUUUGCCAUCAUAAGGUACCUAGGUACACUGGAUAUCUGCUUGUGUUCAGAAGAAAACCAACCACACACUCAGAGCAAAAUUGGAGGCAGAAAAUGAAAAUUCAUUUCUUAGUCAUCACUUCAAAGCUUGUAUGAUGUGGUUGUGACUCUCUCUCUCUCUCUCUCUCUCUCUCUCUCUCUCUCUCUCUCUCUCUCUCUCUCUCUCAUGCUGCCUUUUUUCUCCCCUCCCCCCCUUUUUGGUUUUUUCUUUCCCCUCCGUUGCCCCUCUUUCUCCUUUAUUCCAGGUUAUUCUAAUUUUUUAUACCAAAGAUCUACUUGGAUAGCUAAUUUUCUGAACUAUCAGAUACAUAAUAUGAGCAGUAUGUCAGGUGGUGUGUGGGGGGGGUUAAUUUGUGGCUGAAUAGUUCUUUUGUGGGACAGCAUCUUUGGUUAAGAGAAUGACAGAAAUGCCAGUGGGUUGGGUAUGCUUGGGGCAAUUACUAAAUGAUGGGCAUCAGAAAGCACCAUCGGAGUAUUCCAUUUACAAGUGGAUUUUAAGGAACAGGGGAAAAUACUGGUAUAUAUGCAUCGUUCUGACAAUCCUCAUGUUAAAUUGGAAAAACAGCCACCAGAGAACUUCCUUUCCUCCAACUCUAUAGCAAAGACGUGUGGUAUAGAAGCCAGAUCUACUCCUCCUCCCCGUCCCUUCAAGUAUUUUGAACCAACUAACAAAUCCUUUUCCUGAUGUCAGCUUCCUCCACGUUUAUCUAAAUAUGCAAGUAGAUCGAGGCUACAGAGUUUAUGGAACUACAGAAGCUCAGACUGGAGGUGGAAGAAUUCCUCAUUGAUUCCUCCACAUUGAAAUCUUGAUUUAGGAGAGUCACCUAAAAUUGCCUCUGUCACUUAGAGUCCCCCCCCCUUUUUUUUUUUUACAGUAAGUAAUGCUACCGUGCAAUUGAAUAUCUUCUCUCUUCCCCCAAAUUGUCACUUAAUCCAUUUGUGCCAACUCAAAUCUUUCCGAACAAUUAGACCAGAUGAAUUUGUGAUAAGAGAAGAUAGUGGGUAGCAAUGUCUCCAUUACAUCAUUUUAGUAGGUUGCAUGAGAAAUCACCCCAUGAUUCAGCUGAGGGGAAAGCCCUGUUACAGGCAUAAAAGGUGGGGAUGCAACAUUUAGCUCCAUCCCCUUCCUAGGUUGGCUGAAAAAAAAGCACUCCAAAGAUGUUACACCCAGAGCCACUUUCUGGUCCCCCCUCCCCCCCGAGCUAGAACAAAGGGUUUUUUGGUUUUGUUUUAGCUCUGGUUCAAAGGAAUAAAAUGCUGGAUCCGAUGAGUCAUGCUCCAAACAAGCACUAUUUUGUAUAGAAGAUCUGUUCAAAUGCGUCGGCAUCCAGCUGGCUGCAAAGAGUGAAAAUCUCUGUGUGGAAGCAGUCAUGAAGAAAAUUGGCGGGGGAGCACUGAACGUAUGAUGUGCGUGUUCUCGAAUCCAUUCUAACGCCUUGUCUGUACAGAAUGAGGAAGUGGAGUGCCAGGAUGGUAAUGUGGUAGAACACCAGACUAAAGAUGAGCAAAUUACAUUUUCCAGAAUUCGCCCACAUUAGCAAUUUCCUGUAAAUGGAAAACUAGCCUAGGAUAGAAAAUUUCUCACAGGUGUGCUUAUUUGUUAUUUGCAGAUGUCCCCAGCUGACAUUUCCCGCCACUGCUCAGAGCGAGGGUGAGA